AAGUUAGCCCAGCCCAACUGAAAGACGAUUAUAGAGCUUUAUUACGAUAUGCAAACUAGGGUUUCGUCUCUUUCUUUUUUAGUUCAGCUUUCGCCCCUUCAUUUGCCUCUCUUCUCAGUUUCUGCGUUCCUUCAACUCCAACUCCAAGGUACGUGCAGUUGAAGAGAGAGCAGGAGAGUGAAAAUGGUGGAGAAGGUCAAGGGAAGAAAAGAGGAGGUGGUGACCAGAGAGUACACCAUCAAUCUUCACAAGCGCUUACAUGGCUGCACAUUUAAGAAGAAGGCACCAAAGGCCAUUAAGGAGAUCAGGAAAUUUGCAGAGAAAGCCAUGGGGACCAAGGAUGUGAGGGUUGAUGUGAAACUAAACAAGCAUAUCUGGAGCAGGGGCAUCCGAAGUGUCCCAAGGAGGAUUAGGGUUCGCAUUGCUCGCAAGAGGAAUGAUGAUGAAGAUGCCAAGGAAGAGCUUUAUUCUCUUGUGACUGUUGCAGAGAUCCCAGCAGAAGGAUUGAAGGGCCUUGGCACCAAGGUCAUUGAAGAUGAUGAAUGAAUCAUCAAUCUUUGUUUUUGACAGGAUAUCUUUACAUGAGAUUUUGGCAAUUGUUUUUAAGUCAUGACAAAGACUAGUGUUUUUCAUUAUCUGUUCUAUUGUUGUUUAGAUUAUUUUGACUUGAGCACUUUGGGUUUUACCGAAUACAGUAACUUCUGAGUUUUAGCUUA